AUGCCUACCCUCGCUGCCAGUUUGUGUGUUGCUCAACCCACUGGUAUCUCUCACACGUCUUCUCCUGACACCGACACUGCCUUCUUGGCCGACUCGUACUACUCGAGUGCUGCUACAGGUGCCUCGGCUCCCACAGGAUACUCCGUGUCUUUCACCAACCUUCAGGCAUCGAACAACGCACUUGGAUACCUUGGAUUCAGCUUGAUGGGCUCCUAUGACCCGUCCGCAUGUGCUAGCCGCUGCGACAAGGUCAAUGGAUGUCAAGCUAUCAAUAUCUACUUCGAGAGAGACCCUUCUGUUGAUCCCAACGAUUCCUCUUGUUCCAACCCUACCUCGUAUUCGCAGAUAAAAUGCGUGUAUUGGGGCGGGCCGGUGACACAGAGUAAUGCUCUCAACAAUGGACAAUACCGCAAUCAGUUCCAUGUUGUCAUCGCAGGCAGCAAUGGCUACGUGAACCGCUCGAUUGAUACACCUAUUGGCUACACCGCACCGAACUAUCUUGGAAACUCCGUGGUCAAUGCACCUGCUACUGACUGUGCUGGUUAUAACAACUCUUUGUCCAGUAUGCUCUGGACAACAGGUCCCUUCGACGCUGGACGCUGCGCAGCUGCAUGCUCAGCUUACAAUGCCAACACUCCUGCCACAGGUGUAGCUCAGACCUGCCAAUUCUUCAACACCUACGUUCUGAAGGGCAACGGAAAGGAUGCUGGACAAUACUGUGCUCUUUACCAGCAAAGCUUCCCAUCGUCUGCCGUUACCAGCUCGAGUGUUGUCAUUGGUGGUAUCACAUACACUUAUGGCUACUCUUACACCUUCACCAAUGCCACUAACGCUGGUGGUCCCGCUGUCCCUUGUGCAGUAGCUUCAGCUUCGAGAAUCAUCGGCUCCUCUACCCUUCAGCCUUUCUGUUCUACUCUAUUGGGCUUCAAUGCACCCACUUCAACGGCUACGGUUGUGUUCAGUCCCGCAAGCACUAUUCGAUCGACUACCACUCCUGCAGUGAGCUCCUUGACUAGCACCAUAGUCGUUACUUCCUUCGUCUCCACGAGCACCAUCACCCCCAAGAAGCGCGAUUUGCAAAUACCAGCUGCGCUGACCUCAUUCGCCGCUUCCAUCGUCUCAUCGGCUUGCCGUCUGCAAGCGUCUUCAGCAACUACUUCCGUCCUCACCACAGUCACAUCUACAGCAUCCACUUCUUUCGCAACCAGCAUCAUCACCGCAAGUGGUUCAACCACAGUUAUCACAGUCACCAGCACGGCCAAAGCAACCGCAACAGCUGACCCUUACGGCUGUAGCAACGGUGCCACUUGUGGAAGCUUCAAAACAUUCGCCUGCCCAACGUCCAGCAAAGACUCGACAGGCCAAUGCGCAUGUGGCCACCUCAAAUCUGGCGGAAAUGUCUGUUUCGAGAUGGUCAAGUGCACCCAGCUUUGCGAUACCACUUCAGACUGCAACAAUGGUAGCAACACAGGUGUUUGUGUUUUCGGAGCCUGCUGCAAUAACAAUGGCUCGAGCUCUUCUGACAAGGGUGUUUGUAUGCCUUUGAGCACUGUUUGUGCUAAUGCAUCAUCUACUAGACGUAUGUUCAGGCGUAGAGAGGACAGACUUGGAGAGAUGGUCAAGAGACAGGACACAGCCUCUGAUGAUGAGUGUACGGCUUUGUCAUGCCCUGGUACUUGGGUUGAUGAGACUACUGGUGUGGUUGUUGAUGGACAGGCAGGUCAAGACAUCUAG